CUUCUGGAGAACAAGCUACUUUGAACGUGAGAAGAUCCAAGAACUUGAAUGAGAUUUUGGCAUAUCUUGGAUGGAUCGAUAGAAUUAAAUUAAAACUAAUCGCGGGAAAAAUAAUCGCGUUGGUGAAUUAACGAAUUCUCAAAAUGAGCAGCGGAAAAAGGCGAAGAGUAUUUAGCAGAAUGGAGAUAUUCAAAGAUGAGAUUUAUGUUACUUGGAAUGAAGGCGCCGAAAACGUUAUAAAUUCUUUGCACGAUUAUUUCAUGCAAGCUAAUCGCAAUAUCGAAGUUCAUUUAUUUCUCCAUCGGAAUAAAUUCAACGAGAAUGACAUUAUAGAAUGGCCAGACAAUUUUACUUUCCACUUUUCUUCGACUGGUUCGGAUAAUGCUCUGCAGACUUCAUUGAUUGCCUACGUACUGGAGAAAUUCGAAGGGAUUGCUGACACGCUAAACAAAGUCGACAUUCCGCGUAAAAGCAAGAUAUUUUUUAUCCAAAAAGCAACCAAUCAAUUUGAAGAAUUAAAAUCGAUGCUUACCAGGUUACCUCUUAUAACAGAAGCUUUCAGUUUUAAACUUUUGGCGUUGAAUAACGAGAAAGGAAAGAAUUUCUUGUUUGCGUUCAGUGAAAAAAAAAGCCCGGGAAGAAAAGAGAAGAAUAGAACACAAAAUGGCAGCCAUCUUUCGCCGCGCUCCAUCUCAGAGAAUGGUUUGAUCGAACUUAACAAUACUAGUCCAAGAACGAUCCAAUAUGGCCGACGAGCAUCGGAAAUGUCAGAGACAAGACAAGGAGAAAGAAAAACUUUUACCGGGAGCUAUUCAAUCCCUUCUUCUCCGUAUCAUUCGAGCGAAUGUGCACAUUGUGACCGUAGAAGAGGAAGCAAUCCAGUUAUCGACUCUACGGGGAAGCGUUACUAUUGUUUAGGUUGUUUCCUAGAUGGAAAAUAUGAUGUUGAUCUUUGCAAGAACUGUUUGCGACAAAAACAUUUUGAGAUGUCCGACAAAUCAACGUCAAUCGAUCGUCAUUUACUGCAAAGAAAUAAAAUGCUGCAGUACAACGAGCCUGAAACCAUGAAAGUUAACGCAGCUACAAGCACGACAAUACCCGUCACAAGUGUCAGUGUGUCGUGUCAAACCGACGACAAUGAUUUCCUGGAUGCGAGCAGACUAAAUGGAAGUGCGGAUAAAGAGUUACAAGAGAAGUUUUACACUUUGAUGGGAAAGAUAGAAGCAGAUCAAAACGAUAUUCUUUCAUCCACUCAAAAUAAUAACGAUGCCGACAAAAAUUUCAUUCCGCUGGAUGAUCAAUUGAGUGGUCAUUUUAAAGAUGGCACAACUAUGAUUCGAAAAUCAUCGGGAUUCAGAGUCACUGACGUCAUCAGGAAUCCGAAAACAAAUAAGUAUCACUGCCCGUAUUGCGUUACGAAAACGUUUGCGAAGCAAGAAAUAUUUGAAGUUCAUUUGAGAAAUGUGCACAAAAAAUGUAACUGCUCGUGCGAACAUUAUUUCGUGUCUCGGGAGGAUUACCUCGAUCACUUCUACGAAGUUUUCCCGCUCUUUUGCUUUGAGUCCAGGAAAUGUCCAGAACGAUUUCGAUCGCUACAUUAUCAAGCUAACCAUCAUGCACAAGCGCAUUAUUCCCAGAAGCCUUUCCAUUGUGUACCUUGUACAUACGAAAGGCUAUCUUCGAAUAUAUCAAGGAAAGUUUGUUUUAAGGAUUUGGAGAGUUUGACAGCGCACGGGAAGGACAUGCUCCACGACGAAGAAGAAAUGUUUUUGAAGAUUAAAGCAACGGAACAGAAUGGAAAGCUUGCUCUGACAGGACGCGCGAACGCUAUUAACUUUUCUGGAUGAAGAGAAGUUUGAAACUUUUAAGUGCAACAAAUCUUAUAUACCAUCCACAUUAGAACCGAGAAAUCUGCCUAAAGUUUAUUUAAUAAGACGAAUAUAAGACUUAUUAGACAA